AUCUUUUAUUAUAAAUUGUUAUCCAGUAAUUAUGAAAAAUCAUGUUUUUCACAAAUAGUUUUAACUUAAUAUCGUCGUAUUGUACUUCCAUUACAAAGUGUUGAGGUCAUACAGAAGUGAGUUGAAACGCGCCAGCCGGCGCCAUGGCUGCCGGAGGCGAGUUCGUCGAGGGCUGGCUCGUCGCGCAGGUGCUUGGUGAAGGAGCCUAUGGAGAGGUGAGGUUACUGGUUCACGCGCGCACCGGUGCAGCGGUAGCUCUGAAGGUGUCUCGCACGGGUGGUACAGACGCGGCUCGCGAGGCGGCGCUCCAACGCGCGUUGCGCCAUCCACACGUGCUACGCUGCCUCGGAGAGAGAAUACAUCAAGAACUGCAUUAUAUGUUUCUGGAGUACGCGCAGGGUGGUGAACUCUUCGAUAGAAUAGAACCCGACGUGGGCAUGAGCGAAUCAUCGGCACGUCGUUACUGGCGCCAGUUGCUGGCCGGCCUGCAGUAUCUGCACGGACGCGGCGUCGCGCACCGUGACAUCAAGCCGGAGAACUUGUUGCUCGACCACGAUGACAAUAUCAAGAUAUCCGACUUCGGGAUGGCGACGCUCUUCAGACAUGGAUCACGCGAACGGUUGUUGUCGCGCGUAUGCGGUACGGUGCCAUACGCCGCGCCCGAGGUGCUAUCAGCUUCAGAGAGACCUUAUCGUGCUGCACCAGCCGACCUGUGGGCAGCUGGCGUUGUGCUCCUAGCCAUGCUCGCUGGAGAGUUGCCAUGGGAACGGGCCAACGUAGCAGACCCUCGGUUCGCGGCGUGGAGUGCUGCGGUGUGCAGCGAAGGUGCAUCCAACUCCGCCACCGUCCCCGCUACCGUUCUCAGCGGCGCAUGGCGGAAGCUGUCAAGCUCAGCGACCUCGCUACUUCGCCGGGCCUUACAACCCCGCCCCGAGCGGAGACCCCUACUGUCAGCGCUCAUGGAGCACCGCUGGAUGCAGGAGCAUGAGGGUGCUUUCCGCGUGUCGCGGUCUCAGCCAGCUGUGAGCGAGGUAGACGGCGGUGGAGGGGAUCUAUCGGCUGAUGACAUGGACGCACUGAUGAGCUAUUCGCAGCCGAGCGCGGCUGAUGACAUGCUGCUGGCUUCUCAAGCCGACUCAGUUGGCGCUUGCACGCAGCCAAGCGUAAUGCAACGUUUGAUGAGACGUAUGACCCGUGUGUGGAUGUCGUGCGAUGAGCAAGCGGCGCUGCAGGCGUUGUGCGCUGUACUGCGUGAAAAGGGAUUCGUGUGGCGGCAUUUGAAUCCUCGUUUGCUGGCGAUUGAGUGCAGUGCAGAGUUACAUAUGCGGGCGCAAGUAUGCGCUGCUGGGGCGCCAGAGGAGGCCGGGGCGGCGCGCUCGCAGCUCGAGUUCCGGCGGGCGAGGGGCUGCGGAUUGCAGUUCAAGCGCUGCUUCAUUCAGUUGAGAGCUGCGCUGCAACCGCUUGCUGCUCAUUGCUGAUAUUGAUCGUACUUCCAGAGUCGCUAUACCAUAGAGGUUACAUAUCGUCCGCGCAGUUGUAGAACUACAGAACUAAAAUUUAUA